AUGGCUUUAAAAUACUUGUUGUGUGUUCUUUUGACUUACAACAUGUCGUUGUAUUGUGGCUCCGCGGCGGUGCACGGGCACAGCAUCGACAAUCUGGAGCGGGAGACGGACGGGAGCUUCCGAGCGAGGGAUUACGAGCACUACGGCGACUCCGGACACAACUCAGAGUUCGACCACGAGGCCAUUCUAGGUAGCGUUCGGGAGGCCGAGGAGUUCGACAAGCUGAGCCCCGAUGAGUCGAAGCGACGGCUCGGGCUACUGCUGCCCAAAAUGGACUUAAAUGGAGACGAGCACAUAGACCGGCUGGAACUUAAAAAGUGGAUCUUGAAAUCAUUCAUCAAUUUAUCGCGGGAAGAGGCUCAAGAGCGAUUACUGGAAGCUGACGAGGACCAUGACGGUGCAGUGACGUGGAACGAGUACUUACAUGAUGCCUUCGGAGUGGAGUCUGAGGAUGAAGUGGGCCCUGAGGACACGGGUGAUUCUGGACUGAUAUUGCGAGAGGAGAAAGCGAUGUGGGCUGCGGCGGAUGCCAACAACGACGGCAAGCUGGAGCUGAACGAGUUCCAAGUGUUCACAAACCCGGAGGAGCACAAGGAGAUGCACCAGUUCCUCAUCAACCAGACCCUCAGAGAGAAGGAUCUCAACAAGGAUGGCAGUAUAGACUUCAACGAGUACAUUGGCGAGAGAGGCAGCCAGCAGGACAAAGUAUGGCUGAUAUCAGAGAAGGACAAGUUCGACAACGACCUGGAUCUGAACAAGGAUGGCAUCAUCGACCUCCAGGAGAUGCACAGCUGGAUCAUACCUGAUAAUGAGGAAAUAGCUGACGAGGAAGUAGACCACCUGUUCGCGUCAGCUGAUGAUGACCACGACGACCUGCUCUCCUUCGAUGAGAUCCUGCAGCAUCACGACGUGUUCGUGGGCAGCGAGGCCACGGACUACGGCAGCGACCUGAUGGGGGAGCACUUUGAUGACGAGCUCUGA